CAUUGUCUCAAAUUUCGUGGAGAUAUUACCCAGGACCUAUUGGUACCUUAUUAUUAUUCACUCACCUUAUUAUAUACGUCCCAAUAUUCUACUUGUUGGUCUGAUAGCUCUAUUGCAUCGCCAAGUUUCCUGCCUUCCCUUCUUCCCAUGCAUCCAUCCAUCCUACCAUUCAUCCAUUCAUCCAUCGAUUUUCCAUCAUUUUGUCAAUUGUCAAUUGUCAAUUGUCAAUUGAUAUCAAUAGUUCUACGCAGUAUCUCAAUUCUACCCAACCUAGCCAGGCCAGACCCAUUCUCUCCUUCCUAUUACUGAUUGUAUCACAACAUCCAGCAGCCCAGUACCACAUACUCAAAAAUACUUUGACUUCAUCUGGCUGUUGUGAUUGCUUUUCCAUUUGUACACAAUUUUAUCAAUCGAUCAAUCAAUCCUGUACAUCAUUCCAUCUUCCUACCUGUACUUAUCGCCUACCCGCCCGCAACCGCACAAUCACUUAAAAUCUUGCUCUCAAUCUUGCAAUCAUUACCGAAGUGGUUCGUGCAAGCCUUCGUUUGAGGGGAAUCACAAGCGCUACGACCGAUUGUGUGCUAACCUUCCCUUCACCGUCACCUUGAACCCUUUUCAUCCAGAAGCAGAAUCUAUCCGCCAUACAUACUACAUUCAACUUCACUCAUUCGAUCUUGAUUCAUCCGCCAUUCACUAUUUCAUGAUUGUACAAACCAUCAAGUCACUUUGAGAUUUAUUGAAACUGCGAACGAAGUGUACGAUAUACAUUGGGUAGCUAUCUGAUCAUUGGCUUACUUACGGAAAAACGGUCUGCGGCUGCACUGCAUCUCUACUUCUUUUGCCGGCUUCAACCCUGCAAUCUUGUAUCUUCCUCUUCUCCAGAAACCUCACCUACCUACCCUACCCUACCUGCACAGCCCCGCGAAUCGACGAAAGAACAAACCCGACAGAGCUCCAGGGCUUUCAUCGAAACAACAAAUAAUUUACAUAGGUGUGCAAGAGAGACUGAUAUAUCAUGGCAAGUAUAUUCAGACGAGUGUAUGAUUGGUUGCUGCGGCUUUUCUGGGCUACGGAAAUGGACAUUACGAUGAUCGGUUUGCAAAAUGCUGGAAAGACAUCUCUGUUAAGGGUACUAGCGGGCGGAGAAUUUACACUUGACUCCAUUCCUACCGUUGGUUUCAAUAUGAAGCGUGUCCAAAAAGGUCAUGUCACUCUCAAAUGUUGGGAUUUAGGCGGACAACCCCGCUUUCGUUCCAUGUGGGAGCGAUAUUGUCGUGGUGUAAAUGCUAUCGUGUUUAUUGUCGACUCUGCCGAUCCUGAUGCCUUACCAAUCGCUAAAGAUGAGCUUCAUUUGCUUUUAGAAAAACCCGUCUUGCAAGGAAUACCUCUUUUGGUAUUGGGAAAUAAAUCUGAUUUGGAAAACAAGUUGAGUGUGGAUGAGUUGAUUGAGAGGUUGGAUUUAAAGAGUGUAGGACAUAGAGAGGUGAGUUGUUAUGGGAUCAGUGCUAAAGAGGAGACGAAUUUGGAUGCUGUUUUGCAAUGGCUGGUUGCAAGGGCGAAUAAGUAGAGUGCACACGGAGGAUGGAUGAUGGAUCAUCAAAGAAGUAAAUCUUGUCGUGAAGUUUGGAUGGAGUAUUGCGGGUGCGAUUUUUCCGGAUAUUAACGAUGAUCAACGACAUGAAAUGGCGAAAAGAUGGGAUGAUAAAUGAUCGAACUUCGAAAAGGGUCUUCGCGGAUC